AAGACUAGGCUCGGGGGUGACGGCCGGAAUAUACUAAUCGAGUCAGGUGAAUCAACAGCAUCUUUCUUCUCUGACAGGAAGUCAAUUUUAUGGCAGGAAAGUUCCUGAUUUCUGGAAGGAGCCAAGGCAAACGAGCAUGCAAGUAAACAAAUGUACAAGCAGUUCCCCCGUAAUGUCUCUCGAAAGAAAACCUUGAUAUCUCACCAGUGCCUGGGGUAAAAAUGGGGGUGCAUGUGUGCGGGGACUCCACACAUUUCAUGAAAAAGAGCAUCUAGAAUACAUGUACAAUGUAACACUAACCCCGCAAAACAAUGCAUGCAAAUAGUAUAAAGAGGAAGGUGAUCUGCGCUUCCUGUCGCCGUUGUAUCUAUUGCUUCUAGUAUUCUAUCUCUUUCUCUAUAUCCGUCCCCUUUGUCUUAUUCUGUCUUCACCCUUCUCAGCAUCCAGAGGACAAUCCUCUCUCGCCUCUUUCACCAUGUCCAAAUACGAAGCAGAGCACCUGGAAACGGGCGCCGGCGAGCACCCGCCCCUCCAGGAGAUUCCCAGCGCAAUGGAUAUCGAUGCCAAAGAAGCCCAUGGGCAAGUAACCCAGAUCCAAACCGCAUCUGUCGCCUUGGCCGCCGCCGUCGCCGCGCAGAAGCCUCGUCUAUUGAGUCGAAAUAUGAUACAGUUGUAUGCAAUCAUGGCAAUUGGCUAUUUAGUUUCCACUAUGAAUGGCUUUGAUUCCUCUCUCAUGGGCAGUAUAAACGCCAUGAUUCCCUACCAAGAAACCUUCGGCCUCAGCGGCGCCGGUUCCUCCACAGGCGUCAUAUUCAUCAUCUACAACAUGGGACAAAUUGCCGCCUUCCCCUUCUGUGGACUUCUCGCCGACGGCUACGGUCGUCGCAUGUGUAUAUUCAUAGGGUGCCUUAUUGUCCUCAUCGGAACCGCUAUUCAGGCCUCCGCACACGCACGAGGCCAAUUCAUCGGCGGACGAUUCGUCCUCGGUUUCGGCGCCGCGCUUGCGUCUGCCGCGGGCCCAGCUUACACAGUCGAGUUGGCGCAUCCUGCUUAUCGGGGAACCAUGGCGGGAAUGUAUAAUAAUUUCUGGUGGUUGGGUAAUAUAUUGGCUGGAUGGACAACUUACGGAUCGAACAAGAAUUUGACAGAUUCGCAUUCCCGCGAUCGUGAUGGUGUUGAUCUUGUUUUCCCAGAAUCGCCUCGUUGGCUCAUUGCACAUGAUCGCAGAGAGGAGGCCCUCGCAGUCUUUGCCAAGUAUCACGGAGAUGGCGAUGAACAGUCGCCGAUUGUUCAACUGCAAUAUCAUGAGAUUAUCGAACAAUUGCAAAUGACCAGAAACGACAAUCCCUGGUGGGAUUUCCGCGAAUUGGUCAAUACCCGUGGUGCAAGAUAUCGUUUGUACAUGGUUAUCGGAAUGUCGUUUAUUGGCCAAUGGUCUGGAAAUAACGUCGUCUCUUAUUUCAUGCCUGAAAUGAUCAAGAACGCGGGUAUCACAAGUACCAACAAACAACUCCUCAUCAACGCCAUCAAUCCCAUUUUCUCCAUGAUGGGAGCGGUUUACGGCGCUACUCUUCUCGAUAAACUUGGUCGCCGCACAAUGAUGUUAGCUGGACUUACCGGAGCAUUGCUCUCCUACAUCAUGCUCACUGCAUUCACAGCGGCAUCAGAAGACCACCCUAACCUCUCCUACGGCGUCAUCGUAUCGAUUUUCGUCUUCGGAGUCAUCUUCGCUUGGGGUUUCACACCACUGCAAACCCUAUACGCUGUAGAGUGUUUGGAAAACCGCACUCGUGCCAAGGGGUCUGGAUUGAAUUUCCUUUUCUUGAAUAUUGCCAUGGUGGUGAAUACCUAUGGUAUCAGUGUCGGUAUCGCUGCCAUUGGAUGGAAAUUAUACGUGGUGUAUAUUGCGUGGAUUUGCGUCGAAUUAGCUAUCAUCUACUUCUUCUUUGUCGAGACAGCUGGAAAGACCUUAGAGGAAAUGGCUUCAAUUUUCGAUGCUCCCAAUCCACGAAAGGAGAGCACAAAAAAGACUAGUGUGGCUCUUGACGAGUCUGGACGAGUAAUGGGUAUUAAUGACAACGUGUAGAUUGAGAGAAUGAAGCCAUGCGAAUAAUGAAUGGACAUGUAUAUAGUCUAAUGAACCUUAAACGAACAUUUGA